UUCAGCAGGCCAAUUGAUUGGAACUAUAAUACCUGGCAGGAACUCCUGGAUGCCACUGCUUAGGAAAUCCAAAUUAACCCUACUCCAGGUGCCUUUCCUGACGUGACUGACUAUCAGCAAGCAGAAAUCCUAGUCCUAAAACAAGCUCAACAGGAAUCGUUUCCUAAGGACUUUCAACACCUAGUAAAUGGGAAAUCAGUGUCCUCAGAUAGUCGUCUACUUACCUUGGCUCCUGAAAUGGACAAAUCUAGUGGUUUGAUCAGAGUUGGAGGUCAACUGAGAAGAGCACAGAUGAUCGAAGAAUCGACCAUACACCCCAUUGUCUUGGAUGCUUACCAUCCAGUUACCCAACUACUGAUUAAGCAUUAUGAUUGUAAGCUGCGUCAUUCAGGACCAGAGAGGUUGUUUGCAGAAAUGCAACGUUGUUAUUGGAUUCUCCGUGGCCGUGAAGCCAUUCGCCGGUAUCAGCAUCGGUGUACCGAAUGUCAGCGCUGGAGGGCACAACCAGUCAUUCCUAAAAUGGCGGACUUACCUUCUGCCCGUCUCCGUCUACAUAAACCUGCCUUUUACUCAUGUGGAGUAGAUUGCUUUGGACCAAUGGUGAUUAGAAUUGGGAGACGCACAGAGAAACGCUGGGGAAUAAUCUUUAAAUGCUUAACAACAAGGGCAGUGCACCUGGACCUCCUCAGCACCAUGAGUACAGAUUCCUUUUUAAUGGCCCUUAGGCGGUUUAUUGCAAGACGUGGAACACCAGCAGAACUGUGGUCUGACCAAGGAACAAAUUUUCGAGGGGGAGAGAGAGAACUGAGAGAAGCCUUUGCAGUGAUGGCCCCUGAGUUGCAAACUCGGCUUGCUAGUCAAAAAAUUCAGUUUAAUUUUAACCCCCCAGCAGCUCCACACUUCGGAGGGGUAUGGGAGAGGGAGGUGCGCUCAGUAAAGUCAGCACUCUUUACUACCCUAGGAACUCAAUCCCUUCCCGAAGAAGUCCUCAUGACCGUCCUUCUAGAGGUGGAGGCAAUUCUGAACACUAAACCUUUAGGGUAUGUGUCAUCGGAUAUUGCAGAUAGUGACCCAGUAACACCAAACAGUUUGCUUAUGGGGCGGCCAGAUGGCUCUUUGCCACAAGUGAUCUACCCAAAAUCUGACUUGUUAAGCCACCGACGCUGGAAACAUUCACAAGUCUUAGCCGAUAACUUCUGGUCCCGGUUCAUUCGUAACUAUCUUCCUACUCUGCAAACAAGGCAAAAGUGGCACUCCUCCUCACCUGACUUGACAGAAAAAAUGGUUGUUAUGAUAGUUGAUCCCCAACUUCCUCGGGCCUUUUGGCCUAUUGGACAUGUCAUCAAGAUCCACCGCAGUGCUGAUGGACAUGUUAGAUCUGCGGAUGUAGACAUAAAGGGGCAGGUCUACACUCGACCAGUAGCAAGACUAGUAAUUUUACCAGCUCUCCCAGAUAAUGGAAACUGACAAACCAACUUAAGUCGAGUUGAGUAGCCUUUUAGUAGGAACAAAGCUGCUUAGCACCUUUGGGGGCGGCUGUAUAAAAGGCUGUAGAGGAAAGAGACUUCUACUGUGAGACUUUGAUUUUGAUAAGUGCAAUUCCUGAACUUUCCAGGAGGCGGCGGUAGCGUUCUUAUUCACUACCUGCUGUGUUAUAGUUGAAUACUGAGAGAACGUCAGCGGUUUAACUAUAAGUUUCUCCUGCCUGUCUUUCUGGUUUAUCGUUGGUGAUUUGGUGUUCAAGUGUUAGUACAUGACAAAUAAACUAUGAUUCAAUACACUUUGAAAAAGAAGCUCCCGUCUCCUCAUCAUUAAAGUGUUCUGACCGACACACAGGAGUGUUCACUGUAUAAAUUUCAAGCCAGAGCCUAUAAGUCUAA